GGCAGAGGCGACCGACGCGCGCUUUGCCCUCUUGUUUGCAACUUAUAGGCUAGCGCUGACAGAGCUGACGGCCGCAAAUGGUUGAGGGGCCCGGGCCUCUUGCACCCGUGGCGCUGGCUGAGCCCCAGCCGCUCUGUGGCUCGAGCAUAGACAGUGAGAGCACGCCGCCUGAAACGCCAAAUAAUGCGGCGCCCGCCGCCCCAGCCAAGAGCGCGCUGCCGGCGGAAGCGCCCGCUACGACGCCGCCGCUGAAGGUAGCCGCGGAGACCGCACCCGCGCCCGCGCCCACGCCCGCGGCGACCGCCGAAGUGACCCCCGCGCCACAACCCGCGCCCUCGACGACGCCGGGCGCAACCACCCCACCUCUAAACGGCAAGCAGAAGCCGAUCCAAAAGGACGCCGGCCAGGCCGUAUUGCGGGGCACGUUGCGAGGCGGCACUUUCGAGGGCCGGUGGGGCUUUGGGCGCGACGCGGUCGAGACGAGCGCGUUUAAAUAUGAGGCGCGCACACCAGGAGGAGAUGUGUACGACGGCGGCUUCGACCUGAAGCAGCUCACGGGCAAUCUGCGCGUCGACGAGGCCCUUUCUUUAUCUAUUGCGGACGUCGUCGAUGGUCGAAGAACCAUCAAGUGCGUCGGCGACAAUAGGUUCGGCCACUUCGAGAUGAGCGGCUCUUGUCUAGAGGAUGGUACGGAUUGUGUCUUAGUAAGGAUCUAUGCUCCGAAGCAGACGGCACGACCGCGACGGCGGGCCGCGCCGGCGCCGAAGCGCGAACCUUCCCAACGCGCGCGGCAACCUACCAAACGACGGAAGCUCGAGAAGUACGGCGGCAAGGAGCCUAGAUAUGACCCUGAAGGUAAUAAUGAAGUGCGUUCAGCGAGGACGCCGUCGACGAGACGGGGCCAGGUCGACGCGAGGCGAGGCUUAGAUGUGGGCCGACCGCUAGCGGAGGUCUUCGAGGCCGUCGCCGCGGCCCAGAAGAACCAACGAGUACCUGUGUUGAAAGCACCUAGUAGAAGUAUAGAAGAAGCAGCCAGAGACAUCAAAGAACUCCUGGAACCGUCGCCCGUACCUCAAAGUACAAGAGAACGGCUCCAGAGCCCCCAGCCCCAGAGGCCUCGAAGUGGCAAGCUACGACCCUUUGGGUGCUUCGACGGCGCGACCGCGGCGACGACGUUGCUGUCCGAGAUCGACUACGAAAGAUGUUUAAGAGACUUCCAGGACGCCUUCGAGAAGGGCCACCUGACGGAGUUUUGGCUGGCCGUGGAGAAUCGCCUGACGCAAGCUUUGGAACAAGCGGAGGCCGAAGGUGCCUUGCCCCAGAUCGUGAGGUUAGACUGCGGCGACGGCAAGGGCGCGACGGCGCUCACACCGCCUCCACAAGGACGACUGAGGCGCUCGCUCCAGAAGCCGGAUCAUGCCCCCGAAGCAAGAGGUGAUUUGGAGCCGACGAAUCCAGGAGCGUAUCACGUCAACACCAUCGCUGGUGGUUUUGGCACGGCGUCCUUCGAGGGCAUCGAUGGGUUGGCGCAAGGUGGCAAGGAACUAGCUUCUCAGACGCGAUGCGUCGCGCUCGAUACACGAGUACGCGUAGGAAGUGAACUGGACGACUACUGUAAUAGAUUAGCUGCUACCGCUUGCGUCGAGAAGGUCUGUCCGUCCUCUGAUGGGUGGCGCUUCGGCCCUCGGGGCCAGACGCUUGCGGGCGACGAGGACCGGCGCCACUACUUAAUUGCUGGUUGGCCGGGAGGACUGACGCCGACGCACUGCGACUUCGGCGUGCAAGCCGUCUUCUACCACACGCUAGCGGGCAAGAAUCGCGUGCUGGGCGUGCCGAGGCCCGUCGCGGCGUGCUUACACGCUUCAAGAGAAGCACUUGUGUAUAUGAAGCUUGGCGGCGAGGCCGAUGCGAGACUGCUCCAGUUCGAGGCCGACGCUUUGUUAGGAUGCUUGAAUAGAGGUCUACUGCAGUACGACGAGUUCGGGCCUGGAGAAACGAUGUUGAUCCUACCUAGAGGGGGCCACGCCGUCCUCACGGGCCGCCCGCACAAGGUCGUCUUGGCCGGCGAGUGGCACCUGACUCCAGAUGGGGUGCGGGCCGCCGCCAUCCCUAGAACCUAUGCCCAGAGGAGAAUGCGUACUAGAAGAGAUGCCUCGAAAGCUCGGGAAGCCGCCGCCGCCAAGAGACGUUCGGUAGAGUCGAACCUCACGGAGACAGAAGACGAGUCCCAGGACGAAUCACCGGCACCGGCGCCGGCCCCUAUCCACACGGAAGUGGGAAGAAUUGCCGUUUACGUCGAGGACGCGCGGCACUCGGCGCUGGAGACCGGUCGCGCCGACGUGGAUGGCGAGCGGGGCCCGGGCUUUGCGGCGGUCGCGGCGGCUGCUGCCAGACAAGCGAAUCCCCGGUCGAAGACGGUGCUUCAUCUCCGGCCGUCCUGGACGACCAAAAGAUGGGCUAGCUGCGACGCCUGGGACCGCGUGGCGCUCGAGGCGGACGUCGAAGCCGCUCGGUCGUUGGGUGUGGCGGAGGUUGUAGCUUGUCCGAUAACACAAAAAGGUGUUCUCGAUGGCGCGUGGUGCGGGAAACUUGUGGACGCGGCCAAGCCUUCGUGUCAACUGGUCUUGGGGCUGCCCGUGGACGAAGAUACGUUGGUCCGGGCGAAGUCCGUUGGUGUGGCCGGCGUCGUAAUUGCCGGUGAAAACCAAGAACUGGAGCAGCUCUGCCGCGCGUCGUCUUGGUCGUACGCGGUCGUCCAGGCCUAGAGCUCUUUCCUACUAUGUGAUCCUUCCUUGGGGCGAAUUAAGAAGACCUGUCCCUUUUA